AUGUCCGGAGCAGAAAUCAUCGUUCCAAUCGCCCUAUUUUGCGGCAAGUUUUUCGCCCAGUUCAGUAUCAGUCUGCUCGAUACAGACAACGAUGCAGAAGCCUUCGUCAUGCUCGAGAGCAACGUCUUAGACGACAUUCACGAUGCCUACUUGUUUCAUAGGAAGCUUAUGAGAUACGUGGGAAAGGAGGAACUACUGAAGGAACGCGCUAUGGCCGCAAUUCGCAAAACGGAGGAGGCCAUGAAGAAAUUCCACAAACGCCUGAAGCAUGAAGGGUUCAGACAGAAUCUGAAGUUUGCACUCAGCGACCGCAGAGCGGCUCGCAGCCUCCUGCGGCCGCUUCAAUCCGCACAGUCAAAUCUAUCCCGCCGAAUUGACUGGAUGCGGAGCGCGUUGGAAAGCAGAUUGAAAGCAGCAUCACCUUCAAAAAGCGGUCAAGAGAGAGUUUCAACUAUUUCUCUCAAGGCUUUCUUUUUACUAAUUGAUUAUUUCCUUGGUCUCAUUUCGGCUUUCUAUCCCAGUGCCGCAAAUGUUCUCAUUCCCCCUUCUCUCAGCCUUUGGGAGAGGACUCGAUUCUUCACUCCGCCUGUGCGUAUUGAUGUCCCCAAAAAGGGAUAG